AAAGAAACACUCGAAGUUAACGUACGUCGUAUAAUGUAUGUAUACGGUCGUCUUUGAAUUUACUUAAUGUAGAAAACAAUUGAGCGAUCAUGAAGAACCAAGUAGUCGUUAUUAAUUUCACAGCCAUGAUGUAUACUUGUAUCAUGUACAUAGUUUUAGUGUUUUGCGUAUGGUUACUCAUACGGUUGACAAUUGCUUGUUUUAAGUUACCUUCUAUGUUGAAUGCCGCGAAUGAAGCAGAAAUGGAGAGAGACAAGCUAUUAGACGUUUAUAAAAAAAACAUAGUAACUAUAGAAAAUCAAAAUAAUGAUGAACGACUGACACAGGAACAACAUGAAAAAUCAUCUUAAAAACUGUGGAAAACCAACUGAUUAUUGUCAGCAGUUCAUCAGCACGAAAAACAAUUUAUAUAUAUAUCACGUUUUAAUUUGUAUUAAAGUAAUAUUUAAACAGAAUGAAAACAUAUUGU